AUGGCUCACCAAGACCGCCUGAAGGGAACUCACGUCCUCGUCUUCGGCGGCACCUCAGGCAUCGGUUUCGCAACCGCCAACCUAGCGCUCUCCAAGGGAGCUCAAGUGACCAUCUCCGGCUCAGGUCAACCAAAGGUGGACGACAAAGUCACACUUUUGCGCUCCUUCUACCCCGACCUGCCAGCCUCCAACGUAGCAGGCUUCGCAUGCGACCUCAAGGACCAAACCAACAUCGAAGCGAACCUCAAAGGCAUAUUCGAAAACGCGACCGACCGCGGCAGCAAGAAGAUAGACCACGUCGUGUUCACCGCUGGUGGCGGCGACGAUACGGGGAAACUUGGAGAUGUCACUGUCGAAUCUACCCUGAAGCCUUUGUUCCUACGUCUCGCAGUCCCAGCUAUUAUCGCCAGACUCAUUUCUUCGGGCGCUUAUGUGCCUGUGAGCGAUAGUUCGUCGUUCACCGUCACCAGUGGAACAAACACCUACAAGCCAAUGCCAGGAUGGACAACCAUCGCAGCUGCUGGCGCGUCGAUCGAUGGACUUGUGCGUGGUCUGGCGACGGAUAUGGCGCCGAUCAGGAUCAAUUGCGUUGUUCCUGGGGCCAUCGAGACUGAGUUGCUGCAAAGGUAUUUGGGGAAGAUUGGGGAGGAUGGAGCGAAUAAAAUGAAGGAGACUGUGAGUUUGGCAAAGACGUUGGGGCAGCCUGAGGAUAUUGCGGAGGCGUAUGCGUAUCUCAUGCGGGAUCGGUUUGCGACGGGCUCGUUUGUAACGUCAGACGGUGGAAGGCUGCUUGUCUAG